AUGGAUUCCAAUGAAACGGAUGAAGAUAUUACAGAUGAUCCAGAUGAAUCACUGGUUCAACCAAAUGAACUCAGCACAGAUGCUGGCACUUCUACGGAUUCUCAACUACGUAAUCCAAACGAUAUUGCAUGGGCUAUCUGUGAUCUAUGUCCUCCCUUUCCGACACCAAAAUGCAUUUCAACGAAGGGAGGAGCAACUAGUACAUUGCAAAAGCAUCUAAUCAACGCGCACAAAAAGAUCGAUCUUAUACUUGUACCAUGCGAUGAUAAACGGUGUGGCAAUUUAUCAGCAGCUGAACGUGAUAAAUUGCAUCAGCUGUUAAUCAACGCAAUUAUUGUUGAUGGUCGCUGUUUCAGUGAUUUUCGAAAACUCGGUUUUUCUCGGUUUUUGGAAUACGCCAUCCCUGUUAUGACUGGUCAUUAUUUAUCAAAUUCAUUUGAACUCUACAGUACCGUCAUUGACUUUUCACAUUUCCAGGAACGUCAUUUCUCAGAAAAUAUUAUGAAUUAUAUUUAUAAAAAACUCGACCGUUUAAAUGUUCUUGGUCGUGUAUCGACCGUCACUUGUGACGGUGCUUCAAAUAUGACAAAAGUAUUCGAUACAUUUGGAGCUGUCGGUCGUCUAUGGUGUUUAGGACAACGUCUACACCUUAUCGUAACUAACGCACUUGGCUUCUGGUUGAACGACAAAAAUAAAGAAAUCAAUGAUGCAAUCGAUGAUACGACAACAAUCAAUCCGACUGAUGAUGUUGGCGACUUAGAUACAAAAGAAAUAUUCAAUGACGAAGAGGAUGCUUUGGCGGCAAAUGACAGCGAUGAAGAAACUGAAAUGGUAAUUUUCUUACUUCAUUAUUCAAUCAGAGAAAUGUUAGACGCAGGGAGUUUUCUCGCUCUGAAAACAGUCAUCUGUGCACUGUUUGUUGAAAAACACUCGUUGGUUUUAACUGGUGCUCAAUCAAAGAAACUGCAUUGCCUCGAACUAACCUCAUCCGACUGCAAUUUAUUAAAAAAGGUUAGUCAAACUCUUACGCCAUUUGAUCUUGCCACAAAGCUCUUAAGUGGCCGACAGUAUCCGACGAUUGGUAACACUGAAUUGGAACAACAACUCAAACGUUCUCUUCUUGACAAAAUGGCAAAAUACAUUGACGACGAAAAAGAACAAAUGGGUAUGUUACGAAUCUACGGAUAUUUCGAUCCCAUGGGAUUCGCUGUACUACCGGAUCGCGAAAGAGCCAUGGUUGAAAGAGAACUAAAAAAAUUGUCCAGCGCAAAUCCUGACAAAAGUUUCGAUUCGAUCUCAACAACUGCAAAAUCCAUAGAGUUGAAGCAUGCUGAUUCAACAGUUUUACAAUUUUGGUCGACAUAUGCCCGUGAACUACCGAUCUUGUCGUCUUUGUCACGCCGCUUUCUAGCUACACCUGGCACCAGCGUUCCUGCUGAAGCCGCGUUUUCAAUCUCAAGUUUUAUCGGUCGCCGAGAAGGUGAUGCGGAAAAUUCGAAUUUUCAAGAAAUUUACAGUUUCGGAAUUCUGUCACAUUUUCCUGGAAAGCGGAAUUUUCCAUGCCCUCUGAUUAUUAAAGUAAACAACUGUACUCGUAGAAUAAGAUAG